AUGUCUGAUCACAAGGACAUGACAAAUCGCCACUUGCGGCACAAGCUACAGAGUCUGGGCAGGAGGCUAGAUGAACUGGAGGAGGCCACCAACAAGCUGCAAAAGUCUGAGGAUGAGCUGCUUGACCUGCAAGACAAAAUCAUCCAGGCUGAAGGCAGCAACUCCUCCCUGCUCGGAGAUGUCGAGGCUCUGAGGAAACGCCUGCUGAAGAUCCAGGGUAAGGAUGAGGAGGUGCGCAAAGCAGAGGACCUCUGCCGUACCGUAAGAGAAAAACUGGAAGAGGAGGAAAACCUCACCAAGGAUUUGAAGGCCGAAAUUGAACGCCUUCAGCGGAGGAUGGCUGAACUGGAGAAAUUAGAGGAAGCUUUUGGUAAGAGUAAGUCGGACUGCAGUCAGCUCUGCCUCAGCCUCAAUGAAGAGAAGAACCUGACCAAGAAGCUUUCAUCUGAGUUGGAGGCUCUCAAGGCUCGUUUGAAGGAGGUGGAAGGAUCUGAGGCAAAGCUGGACAAGACAGAGCAGGUAUUAGCUGCAGAACUGGAGAAACUCAAAGGACUGAGUCAGACCUUUGUGAGUGAGCGUAAGAGGUUGCUAGAUAAACAGAGGGAGGAUGAGAGGAUUAUCUUGAAGCUGACAGAAAAACUGGAGCGGCAGAAGAAUCGCCUCGGCAUGUCAGCUGACCCUGGUCAUGCAGAUUUUAUGAGGUCACGUAUCGAAGAUGAGCUGUCAUCUACAGGCCUCCUCACCAGCAAGCUGACUGGACGCAAGAAGAGUUUGGACUACCUGAAGUUGACCGAUGACAACAUUGGCCUCAGGAACAAGUCAGAGAAUGAGAAGAACAACAGUCUUGAGGGCCCACAGGAGGAGGACAACAAAGUGAAGGAGCUGACCCAGGAGGUAGAGAGGCUGAAGAACCGUCUCAAACAGCUGGAGAUCAUUGAAGAGGACCUGAAGAACUCAGAGUCCAAGAACGGCGAACUCCAGGAGAAGUUCCAGCUGGAGCACAACCGGGCCCGGCAACUCAGUGAGCAAGUGGAGCAACUCAGGACGCAGCUCUGCGGCAGAAUCGGAACUGAUAACGGCAGUAAACCUGGCAACGGAGAUACAGGCCUUUGCCUCAAUAGCUCAGCUAAGGUCCUGGAGAAUGGCAAAGCAGAAAAUGAGGAGAUAAACGUGAGGGGAGGCUUCAGACAAGAGAAGCCCAAAUAUAGGAGUGCUGCUGCUGUGUCGGAACCAAGCUCUCCCAAAUACAGGAGCAGGGAACUGUCUCCUCAGCACAAGAGAGAGACCAAGCUGAGGAGCAAAGAGCUGAGCCAUUCGGAGGAAAGCUCUCCUAAGUCUGUCAGGAGAGCCCUCAGUCCUGCUCACAAGGGCAGGAGGACGCCAAAAGCAACAACAGCAACACCGGUAUCCGAUAACGGUAUGAGAGACACAGGAAGAGGAACGGAGGAAAAGACGAGAGCUGCAGCACAUACCUCUGUGAAUACAUCUUCUAGUGACAAUAAAAAAGUAUCUGUCCUGAGUCGCUACCCUCCAGCAGCUAAUGACCAGAAGCCAUGGAGGACAGCACAGAAACAGAGUGAUGGAGAGAGUAAAAAGAGCAGAUUAGAAAAGUUUUCAAAAUUGUACGUCGGCAGCGACAGCGAGUCAAACAACUCUGACAUUGUGCCUGAGAGCUCCAGCAAUGUUAACAGCAUCUCUGCACUGGAGAAGGAUACAGCAUCUGCCUCAGAUCAGGAAUCACUGGAUCAGGUUCAGGAUUCUGCCCCCCCUACUGUGUCUGUUGCCAGCCUCUCCAAAGCCAACGGCUCUUACACAGCUUAUAGAUCCAAUGUCACUCCACUGCUGCCUAAUGACCAGGGGUCAGAAGGUCACUCAUCCGCCUCUGAAACAGAGUCCACUGGUUCAAGGCCUUCUGAACCCGAACCUGUCACUGAGGUGACCACUGCAACCAUAAGCAGUAGGACUGCAACUCCGAAAUAUCCCAGAUACUCCCGUGUCCGUGACUCUCAUUCAGAGGGUUCAUCCUCCAGGAGCUCAUUCGAUGAAGAGCUCCAUAGCCGGCCACUGUUAGCUGAGGGUGGUGCCCAGGAAUCCAUGCAUACACCAUCAGGGAUCGAGAUCCGCCGGGUGUGCAGCCCACGUGAAGCACUGAGGUCAAAGGCAGUCAUCAAGCCUGCCAUUGUUGAAAUUGACAGGAAGGAAAUGAUGAUGUCGGAACUUCUAGCCACUAACGGCAAGCCGAAAAUCUCCACCAAACCAAUGGUUGCCACUACCAGUAAGAUGACCAGUAGCAUAACCAUCUAUCCUAAUGACCCAAGCUCUUCAAGAACAAGCAGCCGCAGCAGCAGUGUGUCCAGUGAACCUGCACCCGUCAAAGAACGCCACACCUCCACCAGUAACAUCCUCAUAGGCCCCAGCAGUGAGCACCGGGGCAGUAUCUCCAUCCCAUAUGAAAUCUCCAUUCCCAAGAGUGAAAUCACCCUACGGUCAUGCCAGGACCAGGACUGUGGGGCUGAAGAGCAAGAUGACCCUCCAUCAGGGUCCAGCCACCAUGACAGCUCCAAGAUGGAGACCACCACCACCAGCCUCUGCUCCCAACGCAGCAGCUUCAGCCUCCAGUCCCCCGACACCACCUCAGCAGACCUCAACAACGACACGGAGUCGGGCUUUGAAAGCAGCAGCAGUAGUACCACCACUACAGUCACCAGCUGGAGAACCCACAGUCACAGCCAGCUUUCCCAGGAUGACAGCUUACCUGAGAUGAAGAAUGUGACCGUGAGAAGCACGUGGAGAAACCGGGGAACCACACCAGUAGAAGAGACCAGUGUACGGGGAAAAGGGGCUAUGAGGACAGUGACGGACGGCGGGUCAGAAGAUGAGGCAGAGGCGGCGACCACAUGGAGGGCCUACCGGGCAACAACCAUCCUGGACGCAGAGGAGACAUUAAACGUUGGAACUGGAGCUGGUGGUAACAUCGCAGCUCAAAAAGGACCCAAGCCAUCCCCUGCAGAGGUCUACAUGCGUAGGAUCAACAGUGUAGUUACCAGCACCAGAGAGGUCCAGGAACCAGGAGGACGCCGGAGCAAGAGCUCCCAGUCCCCCACUGUAGAAGCAGGGGGCCUAGGGAGGACCGUAGCCCAUGAGCCGGUCACCUCUCAGUCCUGGAAUCGUACCUACACGCAACCAGUGACUGCUGAUUGUACGGAGUCCAGUCCUAAGCCCAGCCAGAGUCCAGCCUCAUGGAGACGUCAAGUCCCGGGCAGUGAGUCACAACACCUGGGGACCGCCUAUGAGCGGGGGGCCAAAACUUCUGGGGCCUCCUCCAGGGGGGAAGUAUGGGCCAACAGGGGCCAAGGCCCUGUCAGCAGAGCGGAGGGAAGGAGUGGAGCGGGGAGUAGACCCUGGAGCCACCGUCAGUCUGAACAUCACUAGGCCAGCAUGGUCUGAGGAGGACAUCCAUGACCCAGAGGCCAGCACUCCCAUUAAUCUCUCGACACCACAAGUAAGGCUGAACCCCAGUCCACAUCAAACAGUGGCCUCAUCUAUCACCACCUAUCUUCAAAUUGACAACAUCUGCUACUCCUACAACCUAAAACAGUAAAAGAAAGGAGGGGAAAAAAGGAAAAGGAGGCUGUGGCAGCCAUACAGAACAACAGUCCGCUGACUCUGACCCUGAACGUACAGUAAGACAUGAACAGCCUUUCCUCUCCAGGACUUUCUCCGUGUCCCACAAGACACAUAAACAGCGAGAGAGAGAGAGAGAGAGACAUGUUCAGUGCCUGUACAGUGUUUUUUUUCGGGGGGGGGGUCAUCUCACCAGCCCAUGUAUCCUCUUCUGCUUCUUCUGUUGGAUGUAUAAUAAUGUAAUCCCAAGACUGGACAAGGGAGAGGUGGGCAUGCUGGAGCUGGACAGCUGGGGAUUUUCAUAUGUGCGAGGGCUUACAGGGGCGGCAGAGAGAGACUGAAAGACUUAACAUACCUUUCGGACAGGACCGUUACUGUGACCUCAGUGGAUUUUUGGAAGUCAUCUCAUCUACCCCUUGCGCUUAAAGCAGAAUCUUAAUGACUUUCACUGAUGGAAAGACAAUACAGUGUAGAAAGCAGGCUGAAGCUGGAGACCUUAAUACAGAACUCUUUACAAAACAAAGGAUUUUUACCUAUUUUUGUGACCAAAAACAGGGAGCGAAUUACUCAUUUAUCACAAUAUUAACUUUUUGCGCAGCAUUCUUUUUUGGUGAGAUGACAAUACCAGCUGUUCUUGCUAGGUUUUUCCUUUCGCUUAAUUGAGCGCGCGUACACACGUGCGCGUGUGAACACAUGCAUAUUUGUUAACCAAGAGACCUAUUUUUAACCUGUAUGUCACCACUUUUUGGCAUGCAGUGACCUAAAACUGGAUUUAAUGCUGGCGUCUGAGAUGUUUGGAGAAUGUCUGCAUGUUUCCAAGUAAUAAAGAAGAGAACUUUGGAGAAUUGUGACUCAGCAUGCACACUGCUUUAAGGAUGGCUGCUUGACCUCAUUUUAGGAGGACACACACACACACAAACACAUUAUUUUUGAUAGCCCAUUACCUUUCUUAGGCUUUAUGUCUUUUUUUCAAGUAAUUCGCUUCCUGUUGUGUACCUUCCCCUUUUUCGCUCCUACAAAACCAUAUCAGGACAAGACAUCUGAACUCUAUCAUCGAAUACAAUGCACAUAGUGAAAAAGGAAUGGAGGGGGGAUGUUUUGUCAUCUGGACCCACUGUACAUCUCCCAUGAUGCUUUGUUUUACAGAGGCUGCUUUGAUAGAGUGACAUGGCAAAAUGGUGUUUCUGUUUAAAUGGAAUAGUGCAACUUGAAGUAUCAGCAAAUUUGCCCCAGCACAGCGGACCUCUACCUUGUGUGUUUUGUGUUGCUGUGAAAAAACAUGCCAGUCAGUCAUAGGAAGAAACCAGGGGUUGGGACGUAGGUGUUGUACCUCCAACCGCAAAAUAACUCAAUAUCCAGCCUGUAUGUGACUGGGUUCGCUGUGCGAACCGUCUCAAAUGUUUUUUUUUCUUCUAUAGAAGUGUGUUAUAUUUUGUUACAAUAUACAAUCUCAAUUUCCCAAUAUAAAAUCUCAAAUCUCAACUCUUGAUUACAGAGGAACAGCUCCUGUCUUGCUGGCGGGGAACACUGUACCAGAGGGGGUGCCAUAUAAACACAUAGUCAUUGGUCUGUAUCCACUGGGGAAUGUAUUUGCUGAGGUUAAAUGUUUUAUGCCGUGAAGUGUAUUGGCUUGUUAUUUAAAGUCUGACACAGGCGUCCGGGUGGUGUAGUGGUCUUUUCCGUUGCUUACCAACACGGGGAUCGGCGGUUUGAAUCUCUUGUGUUACCUCCGGCUUGGUCGGGCGUCCCUACAGACAAAAUUGGCCGUGUCUGCGGGUGGGAAGCCAGAUGUGGAUAUGUGUCCUGGUCGCCGCACUAGCGCCUCCUCUGGUUGGUCGGGGUGCCUGUUCAGGGGGGAGGGGGAACUGGGGGAAUAGUGUGAGCCUCCCACGCACUACAUCCCCCUGGUGAAACUCCUCACUGUCAGGUGAAAAGAAGCGGCUGGCGACUCCGCAUGUAUCGGAGGAGGCAUGUGGUAGUCUGCAGCCCUCCCUGCAUCGGCAGAGCGGGUGGAGCAACAACCGGGAUGGCUCGGAAGAGUGGGAUAAUUGGCCAAAUACAAUUGGGGAGAAAAAGGGGGGGGGAUCCCCCCUCCAAAAAAAAGUCUUACACAUGAGCGGCCAUAAAACAAAACAGCCCGUAUGAAUUUGAUCUUUUAAAAUCAAAAAAAGACAAAGCACUAAAGUGAUGAGGAGACGUGCCAUGUUGCUUUGGGAAUGCAGCUGAGCUGUGGUGCAUUGCGUGGAGGCUCAGUCAUUGCUGUUACAAAACUACCAACCAACCCGUUUUUUUUUUUUAAUCAACCAAACCUUCAUUUAAAACAGAGAGGGGUAGUAGCAUAAGCAAAAUAAUGAAAAUGUGGGAGUCAUUUGUGGGAUUUCAUGAAGAAUUAGUAUCUUCUGAAGCCCGAAAGUCCCUCCUGUUCCUCUGUUGUCACUGGAUUUGAAUGCCGUGGUGUCAGACACUGGUGUGAAUGACCCAUUUCAUCUCCAGAUGUUGGUGUGUCAUCCUGUAUUAACAUCAGCUUCUUGCUCUAUAUCGCCCAGCUGUCAUAUUUAUCAGUCUGUGUAUAUACAUACAUGUUCAUUUAGUGUGAAGAUGGCGCCUUUGCGAUGGGACUGUGGUCCACGACACUCAUUUACCUUUGACAGUCGUUUGACAGUACACUGAUUGUUGAAGCAGGAAGAGAUGGUCGCCAUAUGCAGUCAGUAAGAACUCCACCUGAUGUCUGUUGGUAUCUCUGAGUCAUCUUGACGACAGGCGACGACUAUGAUAAUAAGGCGUAGUACUAUGUUAACCUCCAACCAGCUGCUUUGUUUAUUGUCAACACGUACAUUUUGGAUUCUAUCUCUUAAUUAUUCAUCUUUUCAUUGUUUUCCCUCUCACGCUUCUGUAAAAGUAAUCUAACCUACAUCUGUGCCUUGAGUUAGGAAAGGGUAUACCAGUCAUGCUAUAUAGUGCUAAUGUCUGAAGGUGAGGUUUAAUUUAUUUUUUAUUAUUAUUUGUAUGGAAGACGGUCAUAGUGUUUUGGAUUCAAGUGAACAACGGUUACACGAUGUCCCCCAAGAAAUCGGUCCCCCUUUUUUCCCCAGCCCAACUUCAUUGGCUACCCUUCAAACACCGUAGACUGGGUUGGCAAAAAGGGUAUGACCCUUACUUAGGUUUGCAGAUUUUUCAGUCUCUGGAUUCCUGUGUGGUCUUUCCAUGGCCGCUGGUAGAUUGAUGAGAUCAUGUUCAGAUCAAAACGUCGAACAGCCAUAUUGUCCAGAGCUAUGCCAAGAGACACGGUCCCAUGGCCCUGUCACCCUGUGCUCCUCUGCAAAGCUUCCUGUUGUUGCUGCUGCCACUCUUGUUAUUUACCAAGAGGGGGAAUGCCAUCUCCUUCUCCCUAUCCAUCUUCUUUACCUCUUCCAAUUUCCCCGAUAGUAAUUCCACAAGUUGAAAAGAUCUAACCCCCUUCUAUCCUUCUCCCUCCUUUUUUCAGAUCUUCCAUCUAUUGUCUCUUUGAGGAAUACCUUGAUUCAUAAUGACAGCAGUAUGGCAUGGCCGGUCCAGAGAAACGUUUUAUUAGCGGCCAGGGGGCCGUCACCAGAUUGUGAUGGACGGCCCCUCUGGUAGCUGAAAGGUCAGGUCAGGGCUACGUCUAAUCCUGUCUCUUACGCUUGACUCAGGGGUUUCUAAAUACAGGAGAAAGGAAGACAAGACAGCUUGGCAGGAAUUUCCACUUUAGGGAUGAUAAAAAUGGAGGAAGAUAUCAGAUGUCCAGUUCCACCGGUGCUUAUCCCACCAGAAGUGCACGUGGUCAUUGUCCAUCAGUGUGUUUCUAUGGGAUGUUGUCACUAGUACUGUAUGUCAUGAAGGGCUUCAGUUCACAGCCUCCCACAAGAACCCACGAGCUGAUGAGACUGAGGCACAUGCGUUGGUCAGUGCCCGUGUGUUCAUCUGCGCUUGAUCAUUUGUGAACACACAUAUGUGAAAAUGCACCAGUGUGUUGGAGUGUGGCUGAUGGGCGUGGGCACCUGGGGCCAGAGGUGGUUUUCAGAUUAUCCGGGCUCAUGCUCCUAUAGCAUGCUAGUGAUGCAAGUCCUGUUACCCAUGCCCCCCAAACCCCUUCUCCUCCUUUACCACUGCUGCUCAUGUUCUGUUUUAGCUGCCCCCCACCAACACACACACACAUACAUACAAAAACACAAACCCUGCAGUCUCCCAUUGUGAACAUCUAACUCCUUUUCCCCGACAGUCACAGCUUUUCUCAAAUGUAAAACCUUUACCAUUUUCAGCCAUCCUCUUGUAACUCUCCUUCCUUCCACACCAUCACCCCUUCCUCUCUUCUCUUCAAAUCUUCUCUCUCUCUCUCUCUCUCUCUCUCUCUCUCUCUCUCUCUCUCUCUCUCUCUCUCUCUCUCUCUCUCUCUCUCUCUCUCUC